UCAUACUGUAAUACAGUCCUAGAGCCAUAUUUACAGACGAACAUCUUUCACGGAAAGCUUGUGAAGGAACCAACUCCGAACGCUUCUCCUGGUCGAACACGGGCUCCCGCGGGGGCCCAUAAGAUGCCUUACAUCAGCCGAACAGGCACGGUGCAGGAGCGCCGCUCGCCAUGGCGGCUCAGCAUCGUCGUUGAGUUCUUCAUGGGUGUUUGGGGAGCCAUUUCCACAUUCUUCAUGACCAUGGUGUCGCCUCAAGCGCAUGAGGCGUACCUGAAGCAGCAGGUGAAAAAGAAAGACCCACCUCGCACUACGGGAGGACCCCGUAUCGCCGGGCUAGACAACAUCGGCGGUGGCGGCGGCAGUCACUUGACGCCGGGGUGCGCUGGAGGCGGCUGAGGCUAAAGUGCGCCUGCUGAGCACUGCUUGCGGAGCCUCUUUCGUGAAAAGCGCGUCCGUAUGGUUAGAUAGCAGUGCUCUGGAGCAGGUCUGGUGCAUGGUUGGAUGAUCGGGUAUGUGCAUAUCAUGCGGGCAACACACUCGCUUUCUAGGUUGCUGAUGGAGCCAACCUUGCUGAAGUGUAGUGUGUGCAUGCAGAGAGUGCACAGCAGGAUAGCCUUCUGGCGGAAUGCUGCGCUGCUUCAUCACAUGUAGUGCGUGGUAACCGCGGGAUACGGCGUCCAGCCCCGAUUUGUCAAGUUUGGUCGUGGCGUUCUGGCAUACAUUGUUUGCACUCUGUGAAGCGCUUUCGGCCCCAAAGGUUCAUCACCUAAGGAACUGCAAGUGCAUGGAUGCCAGAAGGACUGCGCCAAUGGCUUUCGUUUAUGACGGUCCUGGCUAGAAUGCUUGGCUUGGACCCGAGCUACAGAAAGCUGCAGCUUGAUAUUGGACUGGUGGCAGGUGCAGGAGGGUAAGGGCUUAGACCACAAGGUGUGUGAGUAGCAGAUGGAGCGCGGACUAAUCUAGGUGAUUUAGGGCGCGGUGGAGGGUGAGGUGGUUGGCGCUUCGGUUCUCGGGUCUGACUUUUUGCAGGUGGCAUAUUCAAUAGCACUUGCAGGUAUGAGAGCUAGACGGCCCGUAUCAGGCAUCUGCCGUGCGGGUUGCAAUGUGGAGAUGUACAUGCAGGCAGCAGGCAGCAAGUAGCGGAGUCAAGGCUGUGUGAUACACGCAGGGUACGUGCAAGGCACGGGAGCGUGCUGCCAGAGGGACCUAGCAGAUCAACAAUUGGAACCAAACUGGCAGGUUUUGGUUUGAUUGUGCAAGAGUUUGCGCGCUGCAACGCGGCAACAGUCGGGGUAAAUCGCUUCGCCGCAC